AUGAUGCAGUUCAUGUUACUGUUUAGUAGACAAGGGAAGUUGCGGCUACAGAAGUGGUACAUCGCUCAGAAUGACAAGGUAUACUAUUAGCUCUAACGUUACUGUAACAAUAAGUUGUAAUAGAUUGUUUUCUUAAUUUGAAAGAGUUUACUGGUUUCAUUCCCUACCUAUAUCACGUUCUGUUUGUGCUGGAAUUUACUGAUGAACUUUCAGAUGAAGAAGAAGCUGACACGCGAACUAAUGGGUAUGGUAUUAACGAGGAAGCCAAAGAUGUGUUCUUUCUUAGAGUACAAAGACAUGAAAGUUGUCUAUAAAAGGUCAGUUUGAUAUGAAUUCUUGUAUGUAUCUAACUGUAAGCAGAUCAGUUACAAAAUAAUCAUCUUACUAUAACAUUAACCUUAAGAUACGCUUCUCUUUACUUUUGCUGUGCGAUUGACAUGAUGGAUAACGAGCUGAUAUGCUUAGAGACAAUACAUCGAUAUGUGGAGUUGUUAGAUGGAUAUUUUGGCAGUGUAAGCAAAGGAUUUUCAUUCGUAACUCCUUUUUGUAAUUUAGGUAUGUGAACUUGACAUUAUUUUCAAUUUUGAGAAAGCAUACUUUAUAUUGGACGAGUUUUUGGUCGGUGGAGAAGUACAAGAGAGUAGUAAACGUCUAAUACUUACAGCAAUACGAGCACAAGACGAGAAACAAGAUGUAAGAGUUAUAUUAUAACAGACAAAUACAAAAAUACUAUUAUAAACCAAUAACAACAAUAAUUACAGGCAGAGCUCAAACAUGGAUUCAUCGAAGACAACGGGCUUGGAUAA